AUGACCUUCGCAGUUGGAAGCUUAGCGCCAAACCUUGGUGCCGUACCUGGUGGACAACAGAGUGGUACUAGUAGUGCUACUGCCAGCCCCAAUAGGAUUGCUGUUGCUCAACCCAGACCUCAGCAGCAACAACAGUCGUUAUCUGGUUCCUCUUGGACUCGAGCCAGCGUCUUGGCCUCUGGACGUGUUGAUGGUCGGAAAGGCCCACAAGGUGUUAAAGCUUCGUCUUUAUCGGGGCACAACAACAUUCCGCCGAUAGAUAGUACAGACGAUACCAAUCUAUCAGAGUCAGAGCCGCUAAUUAGCUCCCAGCAACGAAGAUCUGCUGGCCCGUACAUUCCUCAACCUCAAUCUGUGCAAGAAAUCGGUGAAGAAGAUGGAACAGCCGCUAAUUGUUGCUCAUGUCCAUGGAAUGUACGGACGGGAGUUCAUGAAUACGGAGGCAAUCCUGCAGUCGCUGCUGGUGAUGUUGUUGUGUUUUCAGACUUCAAGCUUCGUCAAUUGUUUCGUAUUGAUAAGGACUCUGAGAUAAAGGCAAUCACUCCGGAGACGUUGUCGGAACGUUUCGCCGACAUAUCCAUUCAUCCUUCCCUCAAGUACUUGGUAUGCGUUCAUGAAGUUCAUGGACAAGACGAACAUGAUGUUACAAACCAGCUCUCUGUGGUCUCGUUGGACUCAUCGUCAGUGAACAAACCGGUUGUUGUUGCUCCUUCACAUGGACAACCUCACCGUGACUUUUACUCUGCGCCGCGCUUCUCUCCUGAUGGGAAGCAUCUUUGUUGGGUUGAGUGGGAUCAUCCUAAUAUGCCAUGGACACGAACCAACCUCGUGGUGGCAGAAUGGGAUGGAUCUAAAGUCCAAAACAUACGCAAAGUUUCUGAUGGCCAAUCUUCCAUAAGUCAACCUCGAUGGUCAAGGAAUGGCCAAAGUUUGCUCUACCUGUCUGAUGAAUCUGGAUUCUAUAAUAUUUACAGACAUCAUAUAAACUCAAAGACGUCUUCAGCUGUCCUGAAACAACCCCUCAAGGCUGAAUUUGGCUCGCCUGACUGGACGUUUGGAAACUCCACCUAUGUUCCACUUCCAAAUGAUUCCAUAAUGGCAUACUUCGUGGAAUCUGGUGUUUCAAAAUUAUCACUCAUCGAUGCCAACGGUGGCCUCCGAAUAUUGUCCACCACAUUUAUAGAUGUGAGUGGGUUGACUGUUGUGAACAGUGGUGAGAAGCCUGUCGUGUAUUUCACAGCUGGAACGAAGACCGAGGGCAAAUCUCUUUACAAGUUUGACAUUGCUACUGAAACUGCGAUAGUCGUAAAGAAAACGUCUGAUGUUGACAUUUCAGACCGAUAUAUAUCAGCCGCACAGUCUAUCGAGUUUCCGACAGCCAAUGGCAAAACGGCCUAUGCCUAUCUCUAUUUGCCUAAAAAUGAUGAUUACAAGGCACCAGACGGCGAGUUACCGCCAUUGAUACUACGCUGUCACGGUGGCCCAACGUCUCAUUGUGUUGAUUCACUCAGUUCAAGGAUUCAAUUCUACACUUCGAGAGGUUUCGCCUUUGUCGACGUCAAUUAUGGGGGUAGCAGCAACUAUGGCACAGAAUAUCGAGAGAGGUUGAACAACAAGUGGGGCGUCGUGGACCUAGAGGACUCUUGUGCGGUGGCUUUAUAUUUGGCCGAAAAGAAUCUUGUUGAUAGGAAAAGACUCGCCAUAACAGGAGGUUCUGCAGGCAAACCGGAUGUCUUUACUGCUGGAGCCUCAUCAUAUGGCGUUUCAGAUUUGGUAUCUCUCUUCCAAUUCACGCAUAAGUUCGAAUCACACUAUCUUGAAAUGCUGAUUGGAGGAACGCCAACAACAGCCGCAGAAUUGUACCAUGAUAGGUCGCCCAUUCAUUUUGCCGACAAGAUCAAGGCUCCAUUGCUUGUAUUGCAAGGCACAGAAGAUCGCGUGGUGCCUCCAUCGCAGUCACAAGCCAUUGUUGAUUCAAUUACCCACAAUGGUGGCCUUGUCAAGUAUGUUUUGAUGGAAGGAGAAGGUCACGGCUUCCGAAAAAGCGAAAAUAUUGUAAAAUCUGUAAAUGAGGAGUUGCAUUGGUACCAAACGGUGUUCAAAACCGGUGAUUCCGAAUGA